AUGUUUUUGUUUAGAACAAGUGGAACUUCAAAUCAAUCUACAUCAAUUUUAAAUAUAUCGCGCCAUUUCUCAAUAAAGUUAGCACAUGCAGCAAUCAAAGCAUUUGAAUUACUAGGCAUAUCAACAUCCAGUACACCUGAAGAAUGUAGAAAAGCUUAUUUAAAUUUAGCUCGUCGUAUACAUCCAGAUGUAAAGAAUGAACUAGCGGAUACUAGUGACGACAACAAUAGUAAUAAUAAUAAUAUCAAUAAUGAUUUUCAAAAAAGGACAAAUGUUGAAUUUCAUCAACUACAUGAAGCUUACACACUUGCUUAUGAAAUCUGUCUUAAGAAUAAUAAUGAGUCUAGUAAUGGUUGUAUACAUGAACAGUUGAACAAUGAUAUUCAAGAGUUUCGUCAUAAAGCACCUCAACAUAGACGUUUUCUGGAUUUAGGAAGACAUGAACAACACUUAGAUGGAUUACAACAAUGUGUAAACAGUGGAAGAUUAAAUGAACAUCGUAAAUAUGUACAAUCACAGAGAGUAGUAAAAGCGUUACAAGGUGCUGCCGAUUGUCGAGUGAAAAAACUUAUGAAAUCUGUGAACUAUGAUGAUAACGAUAGUCAAAGGGAUUGUAACAAGUUAAUACCUAAAAGAUUGAGUGUUAGCAAAAGGAAUACUGAAUUAAACACGCCUGUCUAUGUAGAUUACAUUUCACGUACAGCUGAAGAACAAAUUCAAAGAGCAAUGAAUCAUGGAGAAUUUAAUAAUUUACCUGGUCAAGGUCGUCCAAUUGAUUAUGAUAAAAAUCCUCAUGUAUUUGGGGACUCAACUGACAAACGUCUUAAUCAAUUAAUGGCUAAUCAAGGUUUUCUACCGAAAUGGGUUUUGUUAAAUAAAGAAGUUAAUUCUCGUUGGAAUAUCGCUAUUGAUAAGUUAAAUUCAAUCUAUAAUGUAGAAUCUAAUUUACAUUCUUCAAUAUGGGCAGAAGCUUGUAAGGAUUUUGAGGUAGAAGUAAAAGAAUUAAACCGAUUACUUGAUCAAUACAAUCUAUUAGUCCCUAGUCAUCAAAUGCAGCGCUUUCAUUUGAAUAGUAAAACAGCUGUUGAUCAAGUAAUAAAAGCUAAACAAUCACACGCAAAUGAUCAAAACAAACGUGAUCCUACUACGACUCAAAAUGAAAACAAAGACGACGUACCACAAACUGAGGAUAAUAGUCAGAGUUUAUGGGAUCCCCGUUAUAUGGCUGAAGUAAUGCGCGACUUUUACCGUGAAUUGGCUAAGGCAUGGGCGAGUAUUCUACGAGGCUUUAAAGAUCAUAAAUAA